CGAAACAGCCCGAUAAAAUCCAAACCCUUGCAAAAUAACCGUUCCUUGGGGUUUCCGUUUUUCUUCAACCUUAAAUCAAUCGAAGCAUCACCAGCAACCCAAGAAACACACAUAAAUUUAGUUUUGGGGGAAAAGGGAGGGGAGGAAAUAAACCCCAAUCAUGGGAUUUGCAAUUUUCUCUCCUUUUCACUCUCUUUUCCUAAUUUUCUUUCUUAAUUUUCUCACCGCCCAAUCAUCAUCCCCUCCUUCAAUCUACGACCACUUGAAACACAACGGCCUCCCUGUGGGUAUCUUCCCAAAGGGUGUGACAGAUUUUUCAAUUGAUCCCGAGACGAACCGUUUCAAAGUGAACCUAACCCAACCCUGCAACUCCGACUCCCAGAUCCAAUUCCAUUACGAUUUCAACAUCACCGGAAUCUUAUCUUCCCGGAAGAUCGCGAAUUUGACCGGUAUGUCCCAGCAGGAGCUGUUCCUAUGGUUUCCCGUUAUUAACAUACGUGUCGAUGAUCCAGACUCCGGUUUGAUCAACUUCGAUGUUGGCGUCGUUGAUAAACAGUUCUCCUUGUCCUUGUUCGAGACCCCCCUUGAUUGCACCGCUGUUGAUCCUAAUGAUUCCUUCUCGAAUUAUCAGGAACCAUCCAUGUUAAGUGGUACUGAAACUGUUGAAGAGCACAAGCUGAGGGCCACAUCAUAGACUCUGAAGAUAAAUAUUAGUGUAUUGAAGUUUGAAGGUGGUUGUUACACGUGUGUUUCUAUUCCCAUGUGAAGAUUCAGUCUUCAAGAGUAUAGUUUGAUGGGUCAUGGGCUUCCAGUUGUGUGGGCGCACUCGCCAUGUUGUUCUGAUUAUUCAAGCUAAUGUAUGUUGUCAUAGUAAGAAUAACAUUUUUGGCAGAGUUUAACAACUUGAGUCUUUUAUGCACGAAUUAAGGUUGAAUGUGGGGCAUUUGUUUGGCUUUGGUUUUCUUAGUUGAUGUUUGUAGAAAUUGUUGCCGCUUGUUGUCUCGAAUCAAUGGACAUACAAAUGUACUAUGGUUGUGCUCUGUAAAUGGAAGUUACUCUUUCUACCUA